AUGAUGUUUAGCAUAUUUUGCUUUUUUUGAGAUUUUUUUCCUCACUUUUUCCCUUUCUCUUAUCGACGGGCGUGGCAAGACACUUGCGCAGAAAAGAAUAAAAAGGAAAAAGAGAGAAAAAAAUUGGGAAAGAGGGAGAGAGAGAAAUCGAAGGUUCACUUCGCUACGUCAAUGGCGCGAGGAGCUGACAUGGGCGCGCAAGAGAAAUCGCAAGCGAACUCCAAUUCGAUGCAGAGGGUGAAGGUCUACCGUCUAAAUGAAGAUGGUAAAUGGGAUGACCAAGGGACUGGGCAUGUUACUGUUGACUAUUUGGAGAGAUCAGAAGAGCUGGGCUUGUUUGUUAUUGAUGAAGAAGACAAUGAAACAUUGCUUCUGCAUCGUAUCAUACCAGAUGACAUUUACAGAAAACAAGAAGAUACAAUAAUCUCAUGGAGAGAUCCAGAAUAUUCUACAGAAUUAGCACUGAGCUUUCAGGAGACAACAGGGUGUUCUUAUAUAUGGGACCAUAUCUGUAAUGUGCAAAGAAGUCUUCAGUUUAGUACUCUUAACAAUGAGACAUUUCACAGCAUGAACAGCGAGUUGAGGGAGUUACCUGCAGUUGAACUUUCCACACUUCCUUUGAUACUUAAGACUGUGUCUGAGUGUGGAAUUACUGAUCAGAUGAGGUUGACUGAACUUAUAUUGAAUGAUCAAGGUUUCUUCCACAAGCUGAUGGACCUUUUUAGAAUCUGUGAAGAUCUUGAAAAUAUUGAUGGUCUUCACAUGAUAUUCAAAAUAGUCAGAGGAAUCAUUUUGCUCAAUAGUCCUCAAAUCUUUGAUAAAAUAUUUGGAGAUGAGUUGAUCAUGGACGUUAUUGGUUCACUUGAGUAUGACCCUGAGGUUCUGCAUGCCCAACAUCAUCGUAAUUUUCUGAAAGAGCAUGUUGUUUUCAAGGAGGCCAUACCAAUCAAAGAUCCUAUUGUCCUUUCAAAAAUACACCAAACAUACAGAGUUGGCUAUUUGAAGGAUGUUGUUUUGGCUAGAGUGUUGGAUGAGGCUACAGUUGCAAAUCUUAAUUCCAUAAUUCAUGCAAAUAAUGCAGUUGUUGUUACCUUGUUAAAGGAUGACAGUACUUUUAUUCAGGAAUUAUUUGCAAGGUUGAGGUCCCCAAAUACAACUGCAGAAUCAAAGAAAAAUUUGGUAUAUUUCCUACUCGACUUUUGUAGUUUAAGCAAGAGCCUGCAGAUGGUCCACCAACUCCGGCUGUUCAGGGAUCUCAUGAAUGAAGGUAUUUUUGACAUCAUAACAGAAGCUUUGCAGAAUCAAGAUAAGAAACUUGUAUUAACUGGGACAGAUAUCCUUAUUCUUUUCUUGAAUCAGGAUCCAAAUCUUUUGCGCUCUUAUGUUGUUAGGCAGGAAGGAAUUCCACUUCUAGGAUUGUUGGUUCAAGGUAUGAUAACGGAUUUUGGAGAGGACAUGCACUGCCAGUUUCUUGAAAUUCUUCGUAAUUUACUGGAUUCCUAUACAUUGUCAGGAGCACAUGCACAGAGAGAUAAUAUUAUUGAGAUCUUCUAUGAGAAGCAUUUGGGUCAAUUAAUUGAUGUUAUAACGGCAUCGUGUCCAGUUGAAGGCAUUGCUCAAUCAAGUGGUAAAUAUUCAGGCUCUGGUGGAAGAGAUGAAAAUCAGAAUAGCGUGAAGCCAGAAAUACUCUCAAACAUUUGUGAAUUGCUAUGCUUCUGUGUUUUGCACCAUCCUUAUAGAAUAAAGUGUAACUUUCUCCUUAAUAAUGUUAUAGAUAAAGUUAUGACACUAACGCUAAGAAGGGAAAAAUACCUUGUUGUUGCUGCUGUUCGAUUUGUUCGUACCAUUCUUUCUCGCCAUGAUGAGCAUCUGAUAAAUCAUUUUGUUAAGCACAAUCUUCUCAAACCAAUUGUAGAUGCCUUUGUUGGCAAUGGCAACCGUUACAAUCUGCUGCACUCUGCAGUUUUAGAGCUUUUCGAGUAUAUCCGCAAGGAAAACCUGAAAUUAUUGAUCAAGUAUAUAGUUGAUUCAUUCUGGAAUGAGUUGGUCAAAUUUGAGCAUUUGGCUUCCAUUCAGUCUUUUAAAGUUAAAUACGAGCAGUGCCUAGAGAAUUGUGCAACAAAAAAUAGUGGUAGCACACUGGAUCCACGAAGGCGAAUUGAUGAGCGUGCUCUAGAAAAAGAAGAGGAAGAAUACUUCAAUGAGGAUAGUGAUGAAGAAGACGCAGCAUCUGCAUCACAUGCCAAAAAAGUUCACCCUCAAUCUCUGCUAUCCAAUGGAGUAUCUGCAAGCUAUCCGACAUUAAGAUCUGGUGGACUGGUUGAUUACGAUGACGAUGAGGAUGAUGAAGACUAUAGACCACCACCUAAGAAACAGCUGGAAACCUUAGAAGAAGAUGAAGGAACUAUGGAGUCCCUUAAGUUGAAGCGCAAAUUGCCUUCUAGGGAAAAGGAAGCUGAACCAGUAAAGAAGCAGCGAUUAAGUAAACACUCAAAAUCAAGGGAGAGUGUAUUUGCGUCUUUGUGUUCAACACUGAGCCAGGCAGUGCUACCCAGUAAGAAGGCUGCAAGCUCAGUGCAUACAGCUCCUUGCACAGCCGACACAAACAAGGGCUUAGAUGAAGACAAUGAUCAAGAGAAGGAACCUGCUGUUUCUAGGAACUGUUGUGAUAAUAGCAGCAACUCGGGAGAAGAAAACCAUAGGGAGAUGGAGCCUGCUGCUUCUAGAAACUGUUCUGAUUGCUUACAUGGCACAUCAGAAGACAUACAGUUAAGUGGAGAGGAUGGCUCAUUAAUACCACAAAACUCCCCGGAAAUGGCUGUAAAAGGAUCAUAAGUGAUCUUUGAGAAUCAUGUCAUAGCAGUUGAUAUGUUUGGUUGGCUGUUCUAUUUGACUCAUAGAUGUCACAAAUCAGUCCUGGGUUACUAAAGGAACAGCGCACCUAGAAAGAAAUGAACCAAGGGAUGGUGGGUAAAUGCAGUUUAUAGCUUUCAACUGAUGGUAGGAGAGGAUACUGUAUAGUGCCACCCAGGGUAAAGAGGAAAUACUCGUAGUACGGGGCUGGUGCACCCCUUUCACUAGGUUUUCUGAUGUUGAGCCGAGUAAAUGGUGUUGUUUUUAAACAAUCAUCAGCAUUAAUUUUCCUGUUCACAUUUUCUUUUCUUUCAUUUUCUUUGUUUUGUCUUCUUACGUCUCCCCUGUUAGUUCCUUGUUAGCCGCGUGAACUGUGAGGAAGGGGCAUCAAUAUAUGCCCUGCAUAGGUUCCUUUGUUGUUACAUUUUUGUGGUGGUGGGUGUGGUUGUAAUAGAGAGGAAGGUUUUAGUGAUUUGGUCAGAGGUCAAAUUUUCUCAAUUGUUAGAAAUCUCAUUUAUAGACCAAUGUAAAAUAGUAUUCUAACAUGCUGUUACAUAAUUGGACUGUAGAAAUUUGUUUC